AUGACAUUCAGGGCGUGGAACGAGAACGCCUUUGGUUUCAGACCUCCCACCCCUGGCGCCUGUGAGCUGUGCGACACUGGGCUUCCUUCCUGUAUGGAACCAGAUGGGACCGGAUCCCACUGCUCCCCCACCUUACAGGGACCCCUUCUGACCCCUUCUUACCUCAGCUGGUCGGUGUGGGAAAUCCCUGUCUGCGUGGCACAACCAGAAGAACCACGGUCCAGCCGUCCCCCUACAGAGAGACCCCAGGAGCCCAAACAGAAUGUAAUCAAGUGGACUCCUCAGGGAGCCCCCCACCCGACCCAGGCCAGCAUUGGCCUAGGCUACCUGCUGAGGGACCACAUGGAGGGGAAGAAUGGCACCAACUCCACCAGGGCCCUGAAACUUCCAGAUGGGACCAGCGCUGCCUGGUACAUUCUCACCAUCAUUGGCAUCUACGGAGUGAUUUUCCUCUUCCGAUUGGCCAGCAACAUCCUCAGAAAGAAUGAUAAAUCCUUGGAAGAUAUCUACUACUCAAAUUUGACCUCUGAACUCAAAAAGAAAAAUCUCCAAAGCAAGGUGGCCAAAUGCUCUGCACUGACCUUUAGCAACAGAGCUGUCCUGCAGUCCAACCAGGCCAGCCUGGAACCAAAAUGUAAAAACAGUGGGUGCCAAACUGAAAUCCAAGGGAUCCCUUGA